GCGGUCGGGGCGGGGCCGGCGCGGCGGCGGCGGCGGCGGCGGCGGGCGGCGGGCGGCGGCGGCGGGAAGAUGGCGGCGGGCGCGCGGGGCCCGCGCGGGAGGCGGCCGCUGCGGCGCUGACGGGACGGGACCGGACCCCACCACCGAAUCGCAGCCCAGGCCGGGGUGGCAGCAGCAUGGAGUGCGGGGCCCCGCGGACCGGCCGCCCCGCCGUGCCCCCGCGGCUCCCCCAGCCAGCGCUCGGAUCAGGCCCCGUCGGCGGGGCGCCCCGCCGCUGCCCGUGACCCGUCCCCUCGGCUCCCCGCCCGCCUCCGGGCCUCCGCCCUCCCCAUGGAGAGGAUGAGCUGGCUCAGCAAGCUGAACCCCCGGGCGGCAGGGCACAGGGCCCCCCGCAGCGUCAGCCUGCAGAGCCCCGUUACGGCCGACCCCGAGACCUGCCUCAUGGUCUUCAAGAACCACUGGUCCCAGGUGCUGCGGAUCCUGGAGAAGCGAGGCUCCAAGCCGGCCCCCGACGACCUCAGCGCCGUGCGCAACAACACCUACCAGAUGCUGAACCUGCUGGCGGAGGACCGGCCGCGCGGCGAGUCGGCCAUGGGGCCCAUCCUGGAGUUCGUGGUGUCGGAGAACCUGCUGGAGCGCCUGCUGUGCUGGCACCUGCAGGGAGACCUCACGGAGGAGCGCAAAGUGGAGCAGCUCAAGCUCUACGAGAUGCUCAUCAGCCAGGCGCGGCAGCCCCUGCUGCAGCACAAGCCCGUGCUCACGCCCCUGCUGCGGCUGCUGAGCCUGUGCGCCGAGCCCACCUCGUCCCUGCUGGAGAACAGCCUCGUCCUGCUGCUCAACCAGCUCUGCGUCUCCGUGGCCAAGGAGCCCUCCAUCCUGGAGCUCUUCUUCCACAGCCACACGGACCAGGGCCCCGCCAACCUCAUCAUAUUCUCCCUCCUGAUCCCCUUCAUCCACCACGAGGGCGUCCUUGGGCAGCAGGCCAGGGACGCGCUGCUGCUCAUCAUGGCCAUGUCCGCCAGCAAUCACGCCGUGGCCAAGUCCAUCACCGAUAACUCCUACUUCUGCCCGGUCCUGGCCACGGGCCUGAGCGCCCUGUACUCCUCUCUGCCCCGCAAGAUCGAGGUGAGGGGGGACGACUGGCACUUCCUGCGCCGCGAGGACUGGAUCGGCGUCUCCUCGCUCGUCCUCUUCAUGAACUCGCUGGAGUUCUGCAACGCCGUCAUCCAGGUCGCCCACCCCCUUGUCCAGAAGCAGCUGGUGGACUACGUCCAUAACGGCUUCCUCGUGCCCGUCAUGGGGCCGGCGCUGCACAAGACCUCCAUCGAGGAGAUGAUCGCCAGCACGGCCUACCUGGACCUGUUCCUGCGCAGCGUCAGCGAGACGGCCCUGCUCAAGACCUUCCUGCGCUUCGUGCUCCUGCAUCGGCACGACAACAGCACCAUCCUCGACACCCUCGUGGGCCGCAUCAACAGCAACUCGCGGCUCUGCAUGGUGUCCCUGAGCCUCUUCCGGACCCUGCUCAGCCUCAACUGCGAGGACGUCAUGCUGCAGCUGGUGCUCAGGUACCUGCUGCCCUGCAGCCACGUCAUGCUCAGCCAGAAGCGGGCCGUCAGGGACCUGGACAUCUACGGCAAGACGGCCGCCAAGUUCCUGUCCCUCAUCCCGCGGUGCUGCCGCCCCGAGAGCCUGCCCCCGCCGGAGCGCGAGGAGGAGCACGCGGCCUGGUCCAAGGGCCACGGCAGCCCCAACGUGGACACGUCCUCCGUGGUGACGGUGCCGAAGCCCUCCACCCCGUCCCGCCUCUCCUUCUUCAUGCGCCAGCAGAGCUUCGGCCCCGAGGCGGCCGGCCCCGCGCCGCGCUCGCCCGGCACGCCGUCCGGCAGCCCCGGCCACCGGGCAGCCAGGUGGGAGGAGGUGUCGGAGCUGGACAGGAACUACCUGGAGUACCUGCGGGACGCGCGGCUCAGCAUCGACCGCUGCGUCUGGGCCUGCCGCGUCUGGUCGGCCCCCUACGACGGGGAGGAGCCCAGCGCCGGCGGCCCGGCCCCGGCGCCCGACGGCACCCUCCCGCUUGGGCCCGACUGCUUCGGCGCCCCGCGGCCCCCGGGGCCCCCCACCCCGCGGACUAAAAAGCGGGGCCUGCCGGAGGAGGGGGCUCCGGAGGGGCCGGCGGGGGCCCCCGGCGGUGGCGAGCCCCGCGCGGGCCUGCCCAGCCCCGACGCCCCGGACUCGGGGACCCUGGUGAACGGGGCCCACGGGCUGGCGGAGCCGAGCCGGCCCGAGGGGGACGUGGCCGUGAAGAAGGUGCGCAGAAGCCCCCGGGGCGAGGGCGAGGGGCCCCCCGAGCUGGAGCGCCGGGUGCCGCUGGCGCAGAACGGGGCCCCCCCGGAGCCCGCUGCCGCCCCGGCCCGCCGGCAGCCCCCGGGCUGGGAGCCGCUGCAGUCGGUGGAUUCGCUGCUAGACGAGCUGCUGGCCAAGGUGCCGGCCGAGCCCAACGGGGCCGGCGUCAGCAUCGAGAGGUUCACGGAGGAGCUGCGCGCCAUCGAGGCCGAGAUGAAGAACGGGAGCGCGGCGGCGCCCGGCCCGGAGGAGCCGCCCCGCUCGCCCGACGCCCCGCUGUGCCCAGAGGAGGAGGAGGCCUACGAGAGCUUCGCCUCCCUUCCCGACAGCGAGGCUCCGGCCGGCCCCGGGGAGGCCUCGGCGCGGGCGCUGCCCCGGGCGCCCGACCCGCUGUCGCUGAUCGUCGCCAGCCCCCCGCGGACGCCGGGGCAGCCGCCCAGCCAGCCCUUCACAGGCCCCUUCGUGACCGUGCUGUUCAGCAAGCUGGAGAACAUGCUGCACAACUCGCUCUACGUGAACUUCCUGCUGACGGGGCUGGUGGCCCAGCUGGCCUGCUACCCGCAGCCCCUGCUGCGCUCCUUCCUGCUCAACACCAACAUGGUCUUCCAGCCCAGCGUCAAGUCCCUGCUGCAGGUCCUCGGCUCCGUGAAGAACAAGAUCGAAAGCUUCGCCGCCAGCCAGGAGGACUUCCCGGCGCUGCUCUUCAAGGCCAAGAAGUACCUGAUCGCCCGCGGGAAGCUGGACUGGUCGGAGGCGCAGAGCGCGGUGCCCUCCCUGCGCCGCUCCGAGACGCUGGUGAAGAGCCGGAAGCCGUCCAUCGGGGAGCUGAUCCUGCGGCACACCAACAGCCCGACGCGGGCGCGCCAGGCGGCCCAGCUCGCCUUCCAGCACAUGCGGGAAGGGCAGGUGAUGCACGCGCUGGCCGGGGCCUCGCUCUUCCGCAGCUCGGCCGAGAAGCAGAGCGAGGCGCUGCGCGUCAAGAACGCUGUCUACUGCGCCGUCAUCUUCAGCGAGUUCCUCAAGGAGCUGGCGGCCAUCGCGCAGGCCCACGCCGUCACUUCGCCCUUCCUCACGGAGCCCCCCGAGGAGUGACCCCCCCCCGGCAGUCGCCUUUUUAAUUGCGCCCAGGACACGGACCUUUUUAAUUUAUUGGGGAUGAAUGUUUUGCUGAGAACUUGUUGCAAUAUGUACAAACGAGACUGUCCGCUGCCUGUCCCCGCGCGCGCGGAGCCCGGCCCGGCCCUGCCCCGGGGCCGGCUGUGGGGCAGCCCCCGUCCUGGGGGUCACCCGGCCCGGCGGAGGGGUGGGUGCGGGUCGCUGCACCGGGGGCGGCAGGGCAGGACCCUGCGCAGCCCCACGCUCGGGGCUGGGCCCUGCCUGGGGUGCGUCGGGGGGGGGGCACGGCGCUGGGACAGGCUGGCUCUGCCCCCCGGCGCCCUGCUGCCCCCCUGGCCUGGCGCGGGGGCUCAGCGAGGCCCCGGUGUCACCCACCCGCCUCCUCUCUAUGCAACACCAGCGGCUCCCCCCGCCCCGACCUGCCGGGGGGGCGCGUGCGGGGGGCCGGGGGGCCGGGGCAGUGCAUGCGGGGGGCGGCGUGUGUCUGUGCUGUGUACGAGCCCUUCUGUAAUAAAGGUUCUGGUCGAGGGCA